GCUGUCGGAGUGAGUAGGGCACCUGCCAAGGCUCAUUGCUAAGGACUCCAUGUGAGGCUGAUGGAAGACCAUGAUUUUAGCUGUGACGUUCAAUCACUUCUUCUAACAGAGCUCUGCCACUGAAUCAUGGGGUCUUCAUCUGAGGUCAAAAGAUCGUCCCAUAUCAUGGUGAUACAACCAAAUGAAACAGUACUGACUGCACUUCCCUAUGAGCCUCAGACCUCUCUGCUGGAUUUCCUGAAGGGAGAGCCCAAAGUCUUGGGGGCUAUCCAGAUCCUGCUUGCGCUGAUCAUUGUGGGUGUCGGAACUAUAUUUGCAUUUAAUUACUUCAAUUUCUCCCAGAGAUUUCCCCUCGUUUUCCUCACAGGAUAUCCAUUUUGGGGAGCAUUUAUUUUUGUUAUUACGGGAUACAUCACAGGAAUCAAUGAGAACAAGAAAUGUAUGGGACUAGGUGUCACAGCCAUGAAUGUCAUCAGUUCCUUGGUUGCAGUGGCUGGGAUUACCCUAACCAUUAUCAGCUACAGACACCAGCACGAGUACUGCCAGACUCCUUCCCUCGAAGGAAUAUGUGUCAUAGGUAGAAUCCUGUUCAAUGGAAUUUUGUCAGUCUUACUGAUCAUCAGCAUAGUAGAGCUCGGCAUCUCUGUGACCAUUGCCUCCUUCAGAAGCAAAUGCUGGACAACCUCCGAUGAGAUUGUAUUUUUCUUGUCUUCGGAUGUCACUGAAGAGAGUGAACUAUCUGUCCUUGAAGAAAAUGCUGUAGUACAAUUUGAGCUUCAAGAACAGUCCUCCACUACUGAUUCAACAACAAACAUACAACCUGUUUUCAUUGGAGGCUAUACUUUCUUCAAGUUAAGAAUCACAAGAAAUCCUUUAGCCUUCAGACAUUCGAGGAGGAGAAGUAGUAAUAGUUACUACACAUCUUCUGUGUCCAUGCUAGAAGAACAACAGAAAAGUAUCCCUCCACCCUCAAAACUUUAUGAGGAAAGACCUAAGCUGAAAUCUUUGCCUCCCAAGUUGCAGGAAAUGCCCACAGAAGAGACUCCAUACGUCAAACCACUGAAAGAUGAAGACCUGCAAUUUGCUAUGGCCCAACACCCAGAACAGCCAACCCAACUGCUGCAGUCCCAAACUUCACCACUCCAAGUUCUCCCAUCCAGUUCUAUAAAAAAACUCCAAGUGUUACCACCCCAGGCUCUGCCAGUCCAGGCAUCUCCACCUCCACCAUCCCAUGACACAGAGUCUCAAGGCCUGACAUCAGAAGACAUGCCAUACCAAGACAUGCCAUCACAGGAAUUGCAAUCCCAGAACAUGCCAUCCCAAGAUAUACAGUCCCUCGACAUGUCAUCUCAAUAUGCAGCACCCCAAGGCAUGCCAUUCCAGAACACAUUAUCCCAAGGCAUGCUAUCCCCAAAUCCACCAUCUGAAGGCAUACUUUACCAAGAUCUGUAUUCCCAACCACAAGCUCUGCCAGCACAACCCAUGCUACUGGAUGCCCCAGCCUUUCAUGCAGCACAGUCCUCUAAUAUGGAACGUCUAGAUCAGCACACCCUAGAUAUGCAACACCAAACCCAGCAACUUGCACGUUUAUCAUAUAAAGACAUGCAAUCAGAAGUCAUAUUACUGACCCAAGACUGGAAAUCUGAGGCAGAAUUCCACAGCAAGAAAUCCUCAAAGUGGCAAUUCCUAAACUGGCAAAAUAAAAACCUGCAAUCCCUAAAGUCACAUGAUUUAGAGUGGCAAAACAAAGACCAGCAAACUCCAAAACAGAACCCCCCAGACCCGCAAACGCAAGGCCAGCAACCCCUAAAAAAGAAAUCCCUAGACCAGCACAUCAAAGACUGGCUAUCCCCAAAGAGGCACUCCAUAGAUAAGCAAACCCAAGUUCAGGAAACCAGAAAGAAGUCCUCAGAUCAGCAAGCUAAAGACCAGCUGCUGGUCUCAGAGGAACAAUCCCUAAGGCAACAAUCCCCAAGUAGACACCGUAAGUAUCAACAGGACAAAGAGGAAAAGCCCCCAAAGGAACAACCCAAAGAUAGACAAGAUAAAGCUCAACAGACUGAUAUGGAGCGACCUCCCAGGAAGCAUACCCAACAUGAGCAAGCUGAAGAUCUGAAAGUCCGAAAGGGGAAAUCCCCAAAGGAACAGCGCAAGGACAGAAAAGAUAAAGCUCAACAGACUGAUAUGGAGCAACCCCCCAAGCAACAACCCCAAUAUGAGGAAGUUGAAAACCUGCAGGCCCAAGAGAAGUCCCUAAAGCAGCUACAUCAAAACUGGCAAUCCCAGAUCCAGGAAUACCAAGCUUGGCAAUCUUUAAGCCAACAAUCCCAAGACUGGAGAAGUCAAAGCUGGAGGAACAAAGAGCGGAAAGUACAAGAUCUGGAAUUUGAAAUUCCACAUUCUCUGAAGUGGGAAUCCCAAGUCUGGCAAACCCAAGAUCUAUUAGAGAAAGAAUCCCAAAAGCAGAAAACUCUACACCAAGAAGGCCAAAAUGUGCACAUCAUAACUCGACAUCAGCAAUUACAAAGCAUUCCAUUGGAAGACAGUCAGUAUCAAGAGGAGAAACAACAAGACCUUAAGUCCACAGAUAUCCAAAAAGAAGGUAUGCAAACAGAAACCAUGCAAAUAAGAGACAGCAAACCAGAAAGCAUCAAAUACCAAAACCUACACAAGCAUCAGUCAGAAGAUAAAAAGCCAGAUUGCUGUUCGUCCUGUCAAAGCUCAAUCCAAGACGCACAUUCUGCCUAUAUGUCUGAUAUAAAUUCAGAACAAGAUGUGCGAAAAAACAUUUCAAUUUGCUCAACUUCAUACCAAGAAGAUACAACUUUAACUUCUCCAUCAUGUUCCCCAAAAGACCAACAGCAAUCUGAGGACUCUGACUAACAUGGAAAAUCUACCCAAAUUCCACAGUGCUCCCAAGUACGGGACCAAAAUAAAGAAAAACAAUAUAGUCUCCUCCAACCUAUGUUCUCAAGUAUGGUUGCUACCUAUUCACCCACCAAAAAACAAAGGGCAUGCAAAACACUUGUCCUUAAUUAAAAUAAAAUGACAACAAAUAUUAACACC